CUAGGGAAUAGAAAUAGAAAAAAACUAUUUCUGAAUAGAAAUUGUUUUUAGGAACAGAAAUUUUACUAAACCAACCCCUAAUAGUCUAUUUCUGUAAUCAUUUAUAGUCAUGAGGUGACAAUACAUUACUAUAAAUGAUUUUAUGGAUAGCAAUGAAUAGUUGAUGUGAAAAAUAUUUGGCCCUUUUAGUAUCUUGUGGAGAUUAAUAAAAAACAAUGGCACCUUGCUACAGGGGUAUAUUAAAAAAAUACUGUUAAAAAAGGUGGAGGUGGCUAAUCCAAUAAGAAGCCUCUUUUUCCUAGUGAGAUUCUCAGCAACUUCAAGUGAGUAAAACUUGUUGACUUCAUGUAGUAUAUGCCUUGAUCAAUCUUAUAUAUACUCUUAAUCAGUUAACUUGAAGGAGAAAUAUUUCUCAUGACAAAGCUCCUAAGUUUGAUAUGCUUGCUUCGUUUUUCCCCUUGUGCUUUCAUGGGCAAUGAAACAUGCGGAGAUGGAAGCUCUUGAUGUUCUUCUUGUACGGUGGCAGAGGACUGGAUUUUCGACUGCAGAAGUUGCAGAGGUUUUCAGCAUGCUCCCUUUAUGUGACAUGUGAACCAUGCAUAAUGUGUGCAGCAGCAUUAUCGAUCAUUGGUACAUCCGAAGUAUAUUAUGGCUGUGCAAAUGAUAAAUUUGGAGGCUGUGGCUCAAUAAUGUCGUUGCAUUCAAUUAGCUCUGAGGCACACAUUAGUAUUGGGAAUUCUGGAUCAAAGGGUUUCAAAUGCUGUGGAGCUCCAAAGCCUCACAGUUCACGGGUUACUCAGGCUUCUCAUUAGAUCUACGUGCAUUGAUUCUUCCUGUUGAAUCUUCUUAUGCCUUUGCACAACUAGAAUUUCAUCAAGGGACCUAAGAAAGGAAGCGUGAUGCAUGUCCGGAUCAGUUUUUGCCUUGAUGUUCAUGUGUUUACUGAGGAUUGCAGCUGUGAUCACAAGUACAUUUCACGCUUUUAACUUGAUUAUCAGAUUGUAAGAUAAUUUAUGGCAUAACCCUGUGUAGGCAUCACCUUUUUGAUGCUAAUUUUUGUUAUCAAAAUAUUCUAUAAUCUAGCUUGAUUUUUUUAUGAGCUUUCGAAGUUUGAGGUA